GAAACGCAAUACAACAAACGACUCUGUCUUCUCCUUCCACCUUUGUUUAAAAUCCCCAUCUUGGAGCACACCACUACCAUUACUCCCUCCUCUCUCCCUCUUCUGGCAAAGAAAUAGCACAAAUUUCCAGCUCCUCCGUCUCUACCUCUGUUUCAAUCUUCUUCCACGAGGAAUAAAGGGGAAGCAAGGUUAAAGCCUUUCCGUUUUCCCGCAUUCUUCUGAUUGGUGUGCUAUUGCCUAAAGUUUCGAGCUUUUUCUGGGUUGUUGCUCUGUUUUGUUCCCAAGAAAACCCCUCCACCUUUUCCCCCCCAAUCCCAAGCAUGCUGGAAUUACAGUUUGUUACGUGGUAGUAAGCAAGCAAAUCACAGAGUCACAUACCCAGAAAAGAAAAAGAAACAAUGUCGAAGCCAAACCCUAAUCCCCUGUUGAUCCCUCCAUCCCAAUCCCGCUCCAAGCUCCCAGAUUUCAAACAAACGGUGAAGCUCAAAUACGUCAAACUAGGUUACCAUCACCUAAUCACCCAUGGGAUGUACCUCUUUUUAUCCCCACUAGCCCUUCUAAUCUUUGCCCAGCUAUCCACAUUCUCAGCGAAUCACCAUCUCCAAUCCAACCUAAUUUCAGUAAUUCUGUGCACAACCCUGAUAGUCUUCUUUCUUACCCUCUACUUCCUAACUCGCCCUCGUGCAAUUUACCUCGUAGACUUCUCCUGUUACAAGCCUGACGACGCCAGGAAAUGCACCAGACAGAUUUUCAUGGACAGAUCGGGCUUAACAGGCACUUUCACCGAGCAAAGCCUCGAUUUCCAGCGCAAGAUCCUCGAAAGGUCCGGUCUUGGCGAGUCAACUUACCUCCCACCAGCUGUUCUCAAUGUCCCUCCUAAUCCUUGUAUGGCCGAGGCUAGGAAGGAAGCGGAAGCUGUGAUGUUCGGUGCAAUCGAUGACUUGUUCGCCAAGACUAAGGUGAAGCCUAAGGAUGUUGGCAUCUUGAUAGUGAAUUGCAGCUUGUUUAACCCUACACCGUCAUUGUCUGCCAUGGUGAUUAACCACUACAAGCUUCGUGGCAAUGUGAGAAGUUACAAUCUUGGUGGGAUGGGGUGUAGUGCUGGCUUGAUAUCGAUUGAUCUAGCGAAGGAUCUGCUUCAGGUGCAUCCGAAUUCGUAUGCUUUGGUGAUUAGUAUGGAGAACAUUACGUUGAACUGGUACUUUGGAAAUGAUAAGUCGAUGCUUCUGUCGAAUUGCUUGUUCCGAAUGGGAGGUGCUGCAAUUCUGCUGUCGAAUAAGAGGUCGGAGAGGUGGCGUGCCAAGUAUCGUUUGGUUCAUACUGUGAGGACCAACAAGGGGUCUGAUGACAAGUGCUUCUCUUGUGUUACUCAAAGGGAAGAUUCGGAAGGCAAAAUCGGAGUUUCGUUGUCGAAGGAGUUGAUGGGAGUUGCAGGCGAUGCAUUGAAGACCAACAUCACUACUUUAGGCCCGCUAGUGCUGCCAAUGUCCGAGCAACUGCUCUUCUUUGCCACAUUGGUGGCGAAGAAGCUGCUUAAGGUCAAGGUGAAGCCUUACAUACCGGAUUUCAAGCUGGCGUUCGAGCAUUUCUGCAUUCAUGCAGGUGGGAGAGCUGUGUUGGAUGAGCUAGAGAAGAACUUGCACCUCUCGGAUUGGCAUAUGGAGCCGUCGAGGAUGACUCUAUACCGGUUUGGGAACACGUCGAGCAGUUCGCUGUGGUAUGAGUUGGCUUAUACUGAAGGGAAAGGGAGGGUGAAGAGAGGAGAUAGGAUGUGGCAAAUUGCUUUCGGGUCUGGGUUCAAGUGUAAUAGCGCGGUGUGGAAGGCUCUGCGCUCGAUAAACCCGACAAAGGAGAAGAAUCCGUGGAUGGAUGAGAUCGAUCAGUUCCCGGUCGAUGUACCCAAAGUUGCGACACUCAACUGA